AUGCGUUACUCACUUCCUAUCAUGGCGGCACUCGCCGCCACAGCUGCUGCCAAUGGACCAGUUGUCGAGAAGCGCGCCGAGAAGAUGUACACGCUGGAGCUCGGCCCUGGAGAGACCGUCGAGGUUACCGAGGAUGAGAAAUUCCAGAUGAUCGACGACCACGUUCACUUCUUCGACAUCACUGAAUGGAAGGAUCACGGCCCAGCACCAUCCGCCCGCCUGGCCUCCACAACAAGCAAAUUCCCCGACAAGCUCAUCUUCCAAUCCAAUGUCGACAAUAUCAUCAAGAACGUCAACAAGAAGACCAUUGAGAAGGGGCUCAAGAAGUUCUCUUCAUUCCACAACCGUUACUUCAACUCUGCAUAUGGCGUGGAAGCGGCCGAAUGGCUGCACAAGGAGGUCCAGAAGGUUAUUAAGAAGAGCAAGCACCCUCUAGCCUCAGUCCGUCUCAUCCAGCACCAGGCUUGGUCGCAGCCCUCUAUCAUUGUGUCCAUUCCCGGAAAGGUCCGCCUCAAGACUAUUAUUACUGGAUCUCAUCUUGAUUCGGUUAUUUCUAACGAUCGUGGUGCCGGGCGAGCCCCAGGAGCUGACGAUAACGGCUCUGGGUCUCUGAUGCUUCUCAACCUCCUCGGAGCUUUCCUCGAGGAUCCUCGUAUUUCCAAGGGCGAUCACCUCAACACUGUGGAGUUCCACUGGUACUCUGCUGAGGAGACAGGUCUUCUCGGAUCUCAAGAUAUCUUCAACAGCUACGCCCGACUUGGAAUCCAGGUCGAGGGUAUGCUCAACCAAGACAUGGUUGGCUACAAGGGCCGUGAUGGCAUUGAGCGCUUCGGUCUUGUCACCGAUAACACGAGUCCCACGCAAAACGACUUCCUCAAGCUUCUCAUCGAGGAAUACGCCGACAUCCCAUAUGAGGAGUCCACAUGUGGCUAUGCCUGCUCUGAUCACUCUUCAGCCACCCGUAACGGAUUUCCUUCUUCUUUCCUCUUCGAGACUCCGUUCGGAAACCACAACCCAUACAUCCACACACCUAACGAUACGAUUGAGCAUGUCGACUUUGAUCAUGUUAUGCAGCAUGCAAAGGUCACUGCUGGCUUUGUUUACGAGCUGGCUCACCGAAACUUCACGGUUUGA